AUGGCUGAAGCAGGACGAAGAGUACAUCCAAACCUGAGUGUGGCCACCAUUAUCAAGGCAUUUAGACAACACAACAGAGCUGAAAGAAUGCCACAUAGAGGUGGGAGGGUUGCCAUAUUCACAGCGGCACAAGAAACCCUCAUUGCAGAUAUGGUCCGUGAGAACAACUGCAUUAGACUCCGAGAGAUCAGAGACAAAGUCAUUGCAGAUAAUGUAAACUUUGAGAACAUUGAUGCUGUCAGCGUGUCCACAAUAGACCGAGUUCUCCGGCGCCAACAGAUGAGGAUGAAACAGGUCUACAGGGUUCCCUUUGAGCGCAACUCUGCGCGACACAUAGGACAACGUUACGAGUAUGUGCAAAGGAUAAUGCAGUUGGACGCGAUGGCCAGACCCCAUGAGUACCUCUUCCUGGAUGAGGCUGGCUUCAACCUCCAGAAACGAAGGCGAAGGGGCCGUAACAUCAUUGGCCAGAGAGCCAUCACUGAGGUUCCUGGCCAACGGGGGGGUAAUAUUACUCUUUGUGCAGCUAUGGGUACGGAGGGGCUUGUCCACCGGCAUGCUGUCCUUGGGUCUUACAACACCCAACGUCUCCUCACCUUCCUAGAGGAGCUAAAAGACAUCCUCCUGGACCGUCAACAACACCAUCCUAGGCUAGCACAUCACAUGUAUGUGAUCAUUUGGGACAACGUCCGCUUCCACAAGACACACCAAAUCAGAGAGUGGUUCACCACCAACAGUGACCACUUUUUAAACGUCUGUCUGCCACCCUACUCCCCUUUCCUGAACCCUAUAGAGGAGUUCUUCUCAUCAUGGAGAUGGAAGGUGUAUGACAGACAGCCAUACACAAGAGAGAACCUCGUACGGGCAAUGGAGCUGGCCUGUGCUGACAUCCCAGUGGAGGCCUUCCAGGGAUGGAUUCGCCAUUCCAGGGCGUUUUUCCCGCGGUGCCUAGCAAGGGACAAUAUAGCCUGUGAUGUGGAUGAGGUGAUGUGGCCCAAUGCAGCUCGGCGACAUGAUGCCGCACAGUGACUGUGUGU